AACGCCAAAGCAUUUUUCUUCUUCCACUUCAAAGCCGCUUUAAAGUGAGUUCCCCAAACCAGUACACCAAAAUCGAGGAAAAAAUCCAAAAUCCUUCUCUACUAUUUUGUUUCUUACUUUAUUGAGUUUUUCUUCUUUUUCUUUUUUUUAAAUUUUUUGGAUUAUUUUGGAAAUUUCAGUUUUUUGGAUUCUCACCAUCCAAUUAUUCAAUCUUAUCCAGCAGGUUCUUUUUUUUUUUUUUUUUUUUUGGGGGGGGGGGGGGGGUUGAAGAAUGGAAAAAGCUCCGUCUUUGACCUCCUUGUGCUUGGAGACAAUAAGAAACGAAUUGAUUUGCGGUUUUGCCGGAGAUGAUCUUCUGCCGGUUUUGUAUGAGCUACCGUCCGACUUGUUUGAUAUGCUAGUUGCACGAUUGCCGCCAUUGGCUUUGCAAAAAUUACAAAUGGCAAUGCCUUUUAUGGAUCCUAAUGACAAUGAGUAUGCCGAUCCUGACGGUGGAAGUGGAAGAAAACGUGGGAGGUAUUGGAACUUUGACACAGCUUGGAGGAACUUGUUCAAGUGUCGUUGGCCAAAGGUUGUUGAUAAGAUCCAACCAUAUGACUGGCAGCAAAUGUAUUGGGAAGCUCAUCUGCAGACUUGCUUAGACAAUGCAGCAGAGAUAGCUUUGAUCCCGAAUUUCAAUGGAUGUAUUGGUGAACUGGAGAUUUCAGAUAGCGCAUUAAAAAGUAUUGGUUAUGAGAGUUACAUGAAAAGUUCAACGUUUGAUUUUUCAAAACUAUCUUCACAUUGCCAACAAUUUGGGUGCUACGCUAGAUGUCUAAGACUUCAGAGCGUUCUGUGUGGCACAGAAUCUUCUCAAUUAUUGAGGAACAGCAAGUUGCAGAGCUUAGUAGUUAUGUGGAUCAGAUCUAGGGAGCAUAUUGAUGGAUUAUGCAAACUUCUGAAUCAGAACUGUGAAAGUUUAGCAUCACUUGAAUUUAUACACUGCAAGCUCUCACCAGCUUCCAUUGAUAAAAUUUGUGGUUCUCUACUCAUAAAGGGUCUGCAGACGCAUUGGAUACAGAACUUCUCAAUAAAUACAGUUAGCUUUCUUGAAAAGAAUCCAGUUUCUUUACCUCCUGGACUUAAAUCAUUUCUGUCAUCUGGAAGGUCAUUGAAUUCAUUAAAAUUUGCUUACAACUACCUAGGCAGAAAUUUUGCAAAACUGGUUUUUAAUACUCUUCUUGAUGCUUCGUCCUGUCUAACUGUGCUUGACCUUUCAGAAAACAAUUUAGGAGGCUGGCUUUCUGAUUUUAGUAGGAGAUUCUCGAGAGGGGCUUCAACAUCUUUGGGAGUUGGCAUGUCCUUGCCAUCCUUACGUGUGCUAAAUCUAAGGGGAAACAAUCUUGACAAAGAUGAUGCAGACGAUCUUAGAUAUGCUUUGGUUUGUAUGCCUAAAUUGGAGGUUCUGGAUAUAAGCGAAAAUCCCAUUGAGGAUGAUGGAAUUAGGAAUUUAAUACCUUAUUUUGUUCAAGCUUCUGAAAAUUCCUAUCCCUUUGCUGAUUUAAACUUGGAGAAUUGUGAGCUUUCCUGUGAUGGAGUGACUCAACUCAUUAAUACUCUUUCAACCUUAAAGAAACCACUGAAGUCUCUAUCUGUUGCAGAUAAUGUCCUUGGCGGUCAUGUAGCAGCAGCUUUGGGAAAAUAUCUGUCCACAUCAAUUCGAGUGCUCAAUAUUAGUGGUAUUGGAUUGGAUUCAUCUGGGUUUGAGGACCUACAGCAAAGCAUAACAGACGAGUUGAAGUUAGUUGAGAUCAACAUAAGCAAAAACCGUGGUGGGAUUGAAACAGCAAAGUUUUUGUCGAAGCUCAUCUUGUCAGCACCAGAACUUGUUUCAGUCAAUGCAGCAUAUAAUUUUAUGCCAGCUCAUUCCUCAUUCGUUGUAUUCUCUGCUCUUAAAGCUGCAAAAGGUAAUCUUGAGGUUUUGGAUGUAAGGGGAAAUUCUUGGGAUCAUGAUCCCUCUCAUAAAUCUUUGCUUGACAAAUUUCAAGACGCUCAAAAGCCCAUUUUGAUUCUUCAAUCAUCACCACGUAAAGAUGAACCCUAUGACGACGAUCCUUAGAUGGCCUAGCUGUUAUUUCCCAGGCUUAAGUUACAUAAUUUUACCCAUUUGAGCUACCAUAUUGCUUCUUUGCAUUUAUCGUGUAUGGAUAACAAAAAGUUAAUGAUAUUUAGCCAGUUUUUACA